ACCUCCACAGACAGAGAAGAGCCGCGGACAGAGGAAUACUCCCCACAACAUGAACACACAGCCGAGGUAGAAGAAGAAUCAGAAAUAAGAAUUAAAAACAUCAAAGAUGAGCGGCGGACUGUAGACAGGAAGUGACUACAGGGGCUCGUGGAGGACAAUCUUCAGCGGACAGAGACAGCAGGCCGGCCAUGCAGCACUACGGGGUGAACGGGUAUUCUCUCCACGCCAUGAACUCUCUGAGCGCCAUGUACAACCUGCACCAGCAGGCAGCGCAGCAGGCGCAGCACGCGCCUGACUACAGGCCCUCAGUGCACGCGCUCACGCUGGCAGAGAGGCUGGCUGACAUUAUCCUCGAGGCCCGGUAUGGUUCCCAGCACCGAAAGCAGAGGCGCAGCCGGACAGCGUUCACUGCUCAGCAGCUGGAGGCUCUGGAGAAAACCUUCCAGAAGACCCACUACCCCGACGUGGUGAUGCGAGAACGCCUGGCCAUGUGCACCAACCUGCCCGAAGCCCGUGUGCAGGUUUGGUUCAAGAACCGUCGGGCCAAGUUCCGUAAGAAGCAGCGCAGCCUCCAGAAGGAGCAGCUGCAGAAGCAAAAAGAAGCAUCCGGAGCUACCGAGGCCUCUCUCGAGGACUCCAAAACGGACCUCACAACCAGCACCACGGUGGUUCCUGAGGCCCGGACUCCUCCUCCUCCUUCCAGCUCCUCCUCUUGUCACUCGGAGCCGGAGCGGCUGGCUGCCUCUAGGCCCCAGCCUGCUGAGAUGAGCGUGGAAGUGAACGUCACCUCUCCAGAGCCGUCGGACAGCGAGUCUGCAGCAGAAGACAACGCCGACAGAGAGGAGGACGACGUGAGUGGGGAGUCCAGGGUGAAACUCGGGGAGGAGACGCCGGGGGAGCGGGCAGCACAAGCAGGGAGCAGCUCUCCAUCCUGCAAACCACUCAGUCCCUCGUCAGACUCCCCGUUGGGCUCUCCUGCUCUGGCCUCCUCCAGCAGCGUAACAAGCGGUUUGGCUCAGAGCAACUCCUACGCCUCGUCCCCCCUCAGCCUCUUCCGGCUGCAGGAGCAGUUUCGGCAGCACAUGGCAGCCACGAACAACCUCGUCCACUACCCUUCCUUCGACAUGAGCGCGCCGUCCUCCCUGCCCUACCUCGGCAUGAACAUGCCCUCCCCUCUGGGCUCGCUGCCCUGCCAGUCCUACUACCAGAACUUGUCGCAGGCCCAGCAGGUGUGGAGCAGCCCGCUACUGCAGGCGGCUCCAGGUGGCCUCCCCGGGAGCCUCAACAGCAAGACCACCAGCAUCGAGAACCUCCGUCUGAGGGCCAAGCAGCAUGCGGCCUCGCUGGGGUUGGACACGCUCCCCAACUGAUGCUGCUCAGCGGCCAUGUUUCACCGUCAGGGCAGAGGCUGAAGUGACACAACUCUAAAAAUAUAUAUACCAGAUUUCUUCAAAAGACUCCCCGACUUUAACGUGUCCAUAUGACUGAUUUUAUCACUGAGAUCACUUUACAUCCAGUUUGUAAAGUUCAAAUCAACAUGUUCAUAAAAAAAAAACUAACUCACUGAGUGGAUUCGGAGGAGCUGCCUCCGUAUGGAUUUUCAACAUUCCUCUCUGCGUCGCCAUCAUUCAAGGCCUUUUACCGUAUAAAAAAAUAACACAAAAAAUAAAGUUAACGGAUAAGCAAACAAAAACCAACCUGAGCUGCAGUUGUAAGUGUUCACCUGUGGAUGAUGCUUUUUAAUGACCUCCAUAAUGGCAUCAGACAUGAAGAAGUCUCCGUCUGACUCCUUUCAGCAAACAUCUAUGAUUCUGAAGGUCCUUCUAAAGACAAGCACAGCUGGCAGCAGUACUGAAAGGUCUGAAUCAAUCUAAAAAAAAAAAAAAAAUCUGCUUGUUCCAAGUUUUAAAUACCAGUUUAGAGUGGAAGAAUCCGUGGCAUAUUGUAAAUAUCAUCCAGCGUUCACCUCCACAAGCGUUUCAGAGUCUGCUUUUAUACAAAAUGAUUCUAAAAGGGAAUAUUCAAUUUCUUUUAUGCCAAGAAACUCCCAACAGAAACAAAUCGCAGGGGAAAUCUGUGUAAGAGGCCAGCUGACGUCUAUUUUCUGAGCUCUUCUCUUGAGCCAGCGGCUUCAGCAGGACGACGCACACUGUAUGUACGUGUAGAAACAAAUGUGUAUUUCUCAGUUGUUUAAAAAUAUGAGUAAUUUAUCCGUUCAGUGUAAGAGAAUAAAUCAAGAAU